CCGAGUGUUUACGUGGAGACGAAGAUGGCGGCGGCGGUGACGGCGCUGGCCGUGCGGCCCGGGACGAGCCGCCAGUGAGCGCGGAGGCUGCUCGCGCUCCGGGCGGGGCCGCGCCGCGCCGGGCCUGCUCGCUGGGCCGCGGAGCUCGCCGCCCCACCUCCGCCUGAACCGACCUUUCCUGUCUCCCCCAAACCCCGCCCGCUGCUCCGCCGCCUUCCCGCAGAGGCCAUGGAGGACGAGGAGCGACAGAAGAAGCUGGAGGCCGGCAAAGCGAAGCUUGCCCAGUUUCGACAAAGAAAAGCUCAAUCUGAUGGGCAGAAUCCUACCAAGAAGCAGAAAAAAAAGAGGAAGACCUUAAGCAGUAAACAGGACGUGUCAGCGUACGAUGGCCUGAACGUCGACCAGCCACAGAGAGAGGAGAAGCGCAUGAACAGUUGUCAGGGAGUGGGACCCACGGGGACUCCUGAAUCCACAGAGAGCCGAACUCUGCACAGUGGGGAGAUAAUCAAGGCCAAGCAGGUCUCUGCUGAACCGGAGAGUGAAAUUUCAACCACAGCAGAUGAUUAUAGUUCAGAGGUAAAUGGUUGCAGUUUUGUGGUGAGAACAGGAAUGCCUACAGAUUUAUUAAGGGAAGAAGAAUUCGGUGUUGAUGAUUCUUACUCUGAGCAAGGAGCACAGUAUAGUCAGACCCACCUCGAGAUGAUGGAAAGUGAAUUGACUGGGAAGCAGCAGGAGAUUGAAGAGCUGAGCAGAGAACUGGAAGAACUGAGGGCCACCUACGGGACUGAAGGACUGCAGCAGUUACAAGAAUUCGAAGCUGCCAUUAAACAAAGAGAUGGCAUCAUCACCCAGCUUACUGCCAAUUUACAGCAGGCAAGAAGAGAAAAAGAUGAGACAAUGAGAGAAUUUUUAGAGUUGACAGAACAAAGCCAAAAGUUACAGAUUCAAUUCCAGCAUUUACAGGCCAGUGAAACUCUGAGAAAUAGCACUCACAGUAGCACGGCUGCAGAUCUAUUACAAGCCAAACAACAGAUCCUCACUCAUCAACAGCAGCUGGAAGAACAAGACCACCUAUUAGAAGAUUAUCAGAAAAAGAAAGAAGACUUCAAAAUGCAGAUUAGUUUCUUGCAAGAGAAAAUUAAAGUGUAUGAAAUGGAGCAAGAUAAAAAAGUAGAAAAUUCAAAUAAAGAAGAAAUACAAGAAAAGGAGGCAAUCAUUGAAGAAUUAAAUACAAAAAUAAUAGAAGAAGAAAAAAAAACUCUUGAGCUCAUGGAUAAAGUAACAGUUUCUGAUAAAUUAUUAGGAGAAUUACAAGAACAGAUUGUACAAAAGAACCAAGAGAUUAAAAAUAUGAAAAUAGAGCUGACCAGUUCUAAGCAAAAAGAAAGACAGUGUUCUGAGGAAAUAAAACAGUUGAUGGGGACAGUUGAAGAACUUCAGAAGAGAAAUCACAAAGACAACCAAUUCGAAGUUGAUAUCGUACAAAGAAUGGAACAAGAAACACAAAGAAAGUUGGAACAACUUCGGGCAGAGUUGGAUGAGAUGUAUGGGCAGCAGAUAGUGCAUAUGAAACAAGAAUUAAUAAAACAACACAUGUCACAAAUAGAAGAACUUAAAACACGACAUAAAGGAGAAGUGGAGAGUGCUUUGAAAUCAUAUCCACAUACUACAGUUAAUGAAGAUCAAGUAAAGUUAAUGAAUAUGGCAAUAAAUGAAUUAAACAUAAAAUUGCAAGAUACUAACUCUCAAAAGGAGAAACUCAAGGAAGAACUAGGAGUAAUUUCAGGAGAGAAGUCUGCCCUACAAAGACAGCUUGAAGACCUUUUUGAAGAAUUAAGCUUUUCAAGGGACCAGAUUCAGAGAGCUAGACAGACAAUAGCUGAACAAGAAAGUAAACUGAAUGAAGCCUAUAGGUCCCUUGGUACAGUGGAAGACUUGAAAGCUCAGAUUGUUUGUGCAUCUGAAUCCAGGAAGGAACUAGAAUUAAAACAUGAGGCAGAAGUUACAAAUUACAGGAUCAAACUGGAGAUGUUGGAAAGAGAGAAGAAUGCUGUGCUAGACAGAAUGGCUGAGUCACAAGAAGCCGAACUAGAGAGACUUAGAACACAACUUCUGUUUAGUCAUGAAGAGGAACUUUGCAAGCUGAAGGAAGAUUUAGAAAUUGAACACCGCAUAAACACUGAAAAGCUUAAGGAAAACUUGGGCAUUCACUAUAAACAGCAGAUAGAUGGCUUACAGAAUGAAAUGAGUCAAAAGAUAGAGACCAUGCAGUUUGAAAAAGAUAAUUUGAUAACUAAGCAGAAUCAGUUGAUUUUGGAAAUUUCAAAACUAAAAGAUGUACAGCAGUCCCUUGUGAAUUCAAAAUCUGAAGAAAUGACCCUUCAAAUCAGUGAACUUCAAAAAGAAAUUGAAAUACUCAGACAAGAAGAAAAGGAAAAGGGUACACUUGAACAAGAAGUUCAAGAAUUACAACUUAAAACUGAAUUACUGGAAAAACAAAUGAAGGAAAAAGAGGAUGACCUUCAAGAAAAGUGUGCACACCUUGAAGCAGAGAAUAGCAUUCUUAAAGAUGAAAAAAAGACCCUGGAAGACAUGUUGAAAACACAUACUUCUGUUAAUGAAGAAGAAGGAGUGAUUGUCGUGGAUCCCGUUGAGUCCAAAUCCAAAGACAGUAGCUGGCAAAAUGAAAUAGAAAUACUUACAAAGCAAAAUGAGGAUCUCAAGCAAAAAUGUAUUCAGCUAAAUGAAGAGAUCGAAAGGCAAAGAAAUACAUUUUCAUUUGCUGAAAAAAACUUUGAAGUUAACUAUCAAGAGUUACAAGAAGAGUAUGCUUGCCUUCUCAAAGUAAAAGAUGAUUUGGAAGACAGUAAAAAUAAGCAAGAAUUAGAGUAUAAAAGUAAGCUUAAAGCACUUAAUGAAGAACUUCAUUUGCAAAGAAUAAAUUUACCUACUGUGAAAAUGAAAACCUCAGUUUCUGAUGAGGAGAAAACUUUGGUAACAGAGCCAUUGGAACUUGGUGAAGUUGUUGAGAAAGAUACAACAGAACUGAUGGAAAAACUUGAGAUAACCAAGCGAGAAAAAUUAGAACUCUCAGAGAGACUGUCGGAUCUUUCUGAACAAUUAAAGCAGAAACAUGUUGAGAUUAGUUUUUUGAGUGAAGAAGUUAAAUCUUUAAAGCAGGAGAAAGAGCAGUUUUUAUUGAGAUGUAGAGAGCUUGAAAUCAUAAUCAACCACAGUAGGACAGAAAACACCCAUGUGGAUGAUGUUCCAUUAAGUUCUUUAAAAGACGGAGCUGUGACUGUGACAAGCAGGGAUUCUGGAUCCUCGGUUUCUCAAAUAAAUCAGUGUUCUGGUGAAGAAUCAAAGCUCAUGGUGGAGGACAAGAUUCCUUUUGCAAAUCUGACCAUUAGAAAAGAAAGCGAGCCGGAACAGUUGUUUUUGGAUCACUUGCCAUUGGUAACAAAUGAAUCAUCAUUUGGGGCAAGUGAAUCAAGUGAAAGUGAUAAACUUCAGCAGGAACUCCGUGUACUUAAAUCAGAACAGAAUGAUUUAAGGCUACAGAUGGAAGCCCAACGCAUAUGCCUCUCCCUGGUUUAUUCAACUCAUGUGGAUCAGGUUCGUGAAUACAUGGAAAAUGAAAAAGAUAAAGCUCUUUGCAGGCUUAAAGAGGAGCUUAUUUCUGCUCAAGAGGAAAAGAUCAAGGAACUUGAGAAAAUACACCAGUUAGAGCUACAAAAUACAAAAACAAAAGAAGCAGGUGAUGAAGCAAAGCCUUUGCAGGUGCUCAUUGGAAAACUUCAAAAGGCAGUAUCUGAGGAAUGUUCCUGUAUUUCACAGACUUUAUGCAGUGUCCUUGGUGAAUAUUAUACUCCUACUUUAAAAUGUGAAAUAAAUUUAGAAGAAAGAGAGAAUUCUACUGUUUUCACUUCUGAAAAUCAAGAAUCAGAAUUACAAGAUUACAGAUAUAAAGUUCAAGACUUUCAGGAAAACAUGCAAACUCUUCUCAACAAAAUAACAGAAGAAUACAACAAACUCUUACUACUUCAGACACGAAUAAGCAAGGGACAGCCAGUAGAUGGCAUGAAACUUGAAUUUGCAGAAGAAAGCCUAUCAAAAGAGGAGACAAAGUUAUUGUCAGUUCACUCUCAGAGGCCCAAUUUGCAUGACAUUGAUAUCAAUCAUAAAAGCAAGUUACCUUCUCGGGAAGAUACUGAAAAGAUGAAACAACUUGAAGAACAAGUUAAAGAAUUAGAACACCUGGUAUCCUCUUUGCAGCAACAGUUGAAAGAAACUGCUGGAAGCUCUGGGACAGAAGUCCCCUGUUUGCAAGAGAGGCUUCACCCUGUUCAUGAAAGCCCACUUCAGACAAGUUUCUCCAUUGAUUCGAUGGUAAUUACGGAGUCUGAUGUACAGAGAACAGUAUACCCUGGAAGUUGUCAUGAAGACAAUAUUGAUGGUGCAAUAGAGUUUUCUGGUGAAUCUGGAGUGAAAACAGAAACAAAUAUGGUUAAGAUGCUGGAAAAACAGUACCAAGAACGAUUAGAAGAAGAAGUUGCUAAGGUCAUUGUGUCAAUGAGUAUAGCAUUUGCUCAACAAACUGAAUUGUCUAGAAUAUCUGAGAGAAAAGAAAAUGCUGCGUCAUCAAAGCAAUCACAUGCUCUCUGCCAGCAAGAACAGCAUUUUAAUGAAAUGAAAUUACCAAAGGGUCAAGCCGAUCUUCAGAGUUUUGAGGGAACGGAGGUGAAAUUUAAAGAAGAAUUUAAACCACUUAGUAAAGAGUUAGGAGAAGAUGGAGCAGAAGUUCUGUUACCAAAUAAUGAUGACCUUGCUCAUAUACUAGAAUCAAAGGACCGUGAACUGACUAUUUCAGAAGAAAUGUUCUCCAAAGAUCGGACAUUUAUAGUCAGAGAAUCUAUUCAUGAUGAGAUUUUGGUAUCAAACAUGGAGGCUUCUAGACAGCUGAUGCUGAAUGAAGAACAGUUGGAAGAUAUGAGACAGGAACUUGUACGACAGUACCAAGAACAUCAGCAGGCAAUGGAGCUGUUAAGGCAGGCACACAUGCGACAGUUGGAGAGGCAGCGGGAAGACCAGGAACAGCUUCAGGAGGAAAUUAAGAGACUUAACAGACAGUUAUCCCAGAGAUCCUCAAUAGAUAAUGAAAACCUGGUUUCAGAGAGAGAGAGGGUGCUUUUAGAGGAGCUGGAAGCGCUAAAGCAGCUGUCUUUAGCUGGAAGAGAGAAGCUGUGCUGUGAGCUGCGCAGCUGCAGUACGCAAACACAGAAUGGAAAUGAAAACCAUGGGGAAGUUGAGGAGCAGACAUUUAAAGAAAAGGAAUUGGACAGAAAACCUGAAGAUGUUCCUGCUGAUAUUCUGUCCAAUGAAAGCUUGCAUGGAGGAAUUUGGCCCCUAAGAUUUUGGCUUCCCCAUUGGAUCAUCAGUAUGGAACGCAGUCAGUAUGGAGCUCAAACAAGAAAGACAGUGUAUGCGCUCCAGAAAGCUAAUAAUAGACUUCUCAAGAUCCUCUUGGAAGUUGUAAAGACAACAGCAGCCGUUGAAGAAACUAUUGGUCGCCACGUCCUUGGGAUCCUGGACAGAUCUAGUAAGGUACAGCCAUCAGGCAGCCUGAUCUGGAGGUCAGAAGCAGAGGCAUCUGGGAAGUCCUGUGUCCAUGAGGAACACAUAAGAGUUACAGAUGAAUCCAUACCCUCUUAUUCUGGAAGUGAUGUGCCAAGAAGUGACAGUAGCAUGUGGUCCAAAGUAACUGAGGAAGGAACAGAGCUGUCACAGCGGCUUGUGAGGUCUGGUUUUGCUGGGUCUGAAAUAGAUCCUGAAAAUGAAGAACUGAUGCUGAACAUUAGUUCUCGACUCCAGGCAGCAGUUGAAAAACUCCUGGAAGCCAUAAGUGAAACUAGUAGUCAGCUUGAACAUGCAAAAAUUACCCAGACAGAGCUGAUGCGUGAAUCAUUCAGACAGAAACAGGAAGCAACAGAGUCCCUUAAGUGCCAAGAAGAACUGCGAGAACGGCUUCAUGAGGAGGCCCGGGCCAGAGAACAGCUGGCCGUGGAGCUCAGCAAGGCCGAGGGUGUCAUCGAUGGCUAUGCAGACGAAAAGACAAUAUUCGAGAAGCAAAUUCAGGAAAAAACCGAUAUAAUAGACCGUCUUGAGCAGGAGCUGCUGUGUGCAGGUAGUAGACUGCAAGAGCUAGAAGCAGAGCGACAGCAGAUUCAGGAUGAGAGGGAAUUACUGUCCAGACAGAAGGAGGCCAUGAAAGCAGACGCCGGCCCAGUUGAACAGCGACUAGUAGAUGCUGCAGUCGAUGCAGCACCUGGAUCAGAGUUUCUACAAGAGACAGAAAAAUUAAUGAAGGAAAAACUAGAAGUACAGUGUCAAGCUGAAAAAGUACGUGAUGACCUUCAGAAACAAGUGAAAGCUCUAGAAAUAGAUGUUGAGGAACAAGUCUGUAGGUUUAUAGAGCUGGAACAAGAAAAAAAUGCUGAACUAAUGGAUUUAAGACAACAAAACCAAGCCCUGGAAAAACAGUUAGAAAAAAUGAGAAAAUUUUUAGAUGAGCAGGCCAUUGAUAGAGAACAUGAGAGAGAUGUAUUCCAACAGGAGAUACAAAAGCUAGAACAGCAACUUAAGCUUGUUCCUCGAUUCCAGCCAAUCAGUGAACAUCAAACUAGAGAGGUUGAACAAUUAACAAAUCAUCUGAAGGAAAAAACAGACAAGUGCAGUGAACUUUUGCUGUCUAAAGAGCAGCUACAGAGGGACGUACAGGAACGGAAUGAAGAAAUUGAGAAACUAGAGUGCAGAGUAAGGGAACUGGAGCAAGCCUUGCUUGUCAGUGCAGACACUUUCCAAAAGGUGGAGGACCGAAAACAGUUUGGAGCUGUAGAACCUAAAGCAGAGUUGUCCUUAGAAGUACAAUUGCAGGCUGAGCGAGAUGCCAUAGACAGAAAGGAGAAAGAGAUCACAAACUUAGAAGAACAAUUAGAGCAGUUUAGAGAAGAACUGGAAAAUAAGAAUGAGGAAGUCCAGCAGCUACAUAUGCAACUAGAGAUACAGAAAAAGGAGUCCACUACUCGCCUGCAAGAACUUGAACAAGAAAACAAAUUAUUUAAGGAUGAAAUGGAGAAACUGGGAUUUGCGAUAAAGGAAUCUGAUGCUGUAUCUCCUCAGGACCAACAGGUGCUGUUUGGAAAAUUUGCUCAAAUAAUACAUGAAAAAGAGGUAGAAAUUGACCGAUUAAAUGAGCAAAUUAUAAAACUUCAACAGCAACUUAAAAUUACAACAGAUAACAAGGUCAUUGAAGAAAAAAAUGAACUGAUAAGGGAUCUUGAAGCCCAGAUAGAAUGUUUGAUGAGUGAUCAAGAACGUGUGAGGAAAAAUAGAGAAGAAGAAAUAGAGCAGCUCAAUGAAGUGAUUGAAAAACUUCAACAGGAAUUGGCAAAUAUUGACCAGAAGACCUCCGUGGACCCCAGUUCCCUAUCAGAGGAAGCAGACAGCUUGAAGCAUCAGUUGGAUAAGGUGAUCGCAGAAAAGCUGGCCUUGGAGCAUCAAGUCGAAACCACCAAUGAAGAAAUGGCUGUCACGAAAAAUGUACUUAAAGAAACCAAUUUUAAAAUGAAUCAGCUAACCCAAGAAUUAUGCAGCUUAAAGAGAGAACGUGAAAAGAUGGAGAGAAUCCAGAGUGUACCAGAGAAAAGUGUUAACAUGAGUGUGGGUGAUCUGAGCAAAGACAAACCUGAGAUGGACCUAAUCCCUACUGAGGAUGCUUUAGCACAGCUGGAAACUCAGACUCAGCUCAGAUCUUCAGAAGAAAGCAGCAAAGUUUCCUUGAGUAGUUUGGAAACAAAGUUGCUUCAGCUGGAGAGCACUGUUAGCACAAAGGACUUGGAACUUACCCAGUGUUAUAAGCAAAUACAGGACAUGCGAGAGCAAGGCCGAUCUGAAACAGAGAUGCUGCAAACGAAGAUUGUAAGCCUGCAGAAAGUACUUGAGGAGAAGGUGGCUGCUGCCCUUGUGAGUCAGGUUCAGCUGGAGGCAGUUCAGGAGUAUGUGAAGCUCUGUGCAGAUAAACCAGCAGUUUCAUCAGACCCCGCAAGGACAGAGGUACCCGGUUUAAGUCAACUGGCAGGAAACACGAUGGAGUCCGAUGUAUCCGCACUAACCUGGAGAAUCUCAGAGUUAGAAAGCCAGCUGGUGGAAAUGCAUUCUAGUUUGAUUUCAGAGAAAGAGCAAGUAGAAAUCGCAGAGAAAAAUGCUUUGGAAAAAGAAAAGAAACUGCAAGAGCUGCAGAAGCUUGUGCAGGACAGUGAGACAAAGCAGAGAGAGAGAGAGAGGCAAAGCAGGCUUCACGGAGAUCUUGGCGUUCUCGAGUCAACUACAAGUGAAGAAAGUGGAGUUUUUGGAGAACUUGAGGCUCUUAGAGCUGAGUCAGCAGCUACCAAAGAAGAACUUGCCAAUUACAAAGAAUUGGCAGAAAAACUUCAAGAAGAGCUUUUGGUGAAAGAAACAAAUAUGGCAUCUCUUCAAAAAGAGUUAAGCCACGUUAGGGAUCAGCUCACCGAGGCAGAAGACAAAUUAUCCCACUUCUCAGAAAAAGAAGACAAGACUGAGGUACAAGAACACGGGACGAUCUGCAUCCUAGAGCCAUGUCCUGGCCAAAUAGGUGAAAGCUUUGCCUCCCAGACAGAAGGGGCUGUCCAAGUGAACAGCCACACCCAGACUCCACAGAUUCCUGUUAGAAGUGUGGGAAUCCAAACCCAUUCACAGAGUGACAGUUCUCCCGAAGAAGUCGCUGAAAUAAUCAGUCGGUUUACUGAAAAAAUUGAGCAGAUGCGAGAGCUACAUGCUGCUGAAAUUUUGGAUAUGGAGUCCAGACAUAUUUCAGAAACAGAAACUUUGAAGAGGGAACACUGCAUUGCUGUUCAGUUACUGACAGAGGAGUGUGCGUCCUUGAAGUCACUGAUACAGGGUCUGAGAAUGCCAGAGGGUUCCUCAGUUCCUGAAUUAACACAUUCUAAUGCUUACCAAACUAGAGAAGUGGGUUCCAGUGAUUCUGGAUCAGACUGGGGUCAGGGCAUUUAUCUUACACAGAGUCAGGGAUUUGACACAGCAUCAGAAGGCCGCGGAGAAGAAGGUGAAACUUCCACAGAUUCCUUUCCAAAGAAAAUAAAGGGAUUACUGAGAGCUGUCCACAACGAGGGCAUGCAGGUGCUUUCUCUCACCGAGGGUCCCUGUGGCGAUGGAGAGGACUAUCCUGGUCAUCAGCUUUCAGAAUCGUGGCUGGAAGAGAGAAGAGCUUACCUCAGUACAAUCUCAUCUCUCAAGGAUUUCAUUACCAAAAUGCAAGUGCAAAGAGAGGUGGAGGUGUAUGACAGUUCUCAGUCUCAUGAGAACAUCUCAGACUGGCGAGGUGAACUUCUGCUUGCCCUUCAACAAGUUUUUCUAAGGGAACGCAGUGUAUUACUAGCUGCAUUUAAGACCGAGCUGACAGCUUUAGGUACUAGAGAUGCAGCUGGAUUAUUAAACUGUUUGGAACAACGAAUACAAGAACAGAGUAUUGAAUAUCAAACAGCUAUGGAAUGUCUACAGAAAGCCGACAGAAGGAGUUUGUUGUCUGAAAUUCAAACAUUGCAUGCUCAGAUGAAUGGUAGGAAAAUGAUUCUGAAAAGAGAACAAGAAAGCAAUAAACCAAGCCAAGAGCUCCUGGAGCACAACGUGCAGCAGAAGCAGGCGCAGAUGCUGGAGAUGCAGGCGGAGCUGGGCGGCAUGACAGAGCGGGCCGCAGAGCUGCAGGAGCAGCUGAGUGCCGAAAAGCUGCUGGUGGCUGAGCUCAAGAGCGAACUUGCGCAGACCAAACUGGAACUCGAGACCACACUCAAGGCACAGCAUAAGCACCUCAAGGAGCUGGAGGCUUUCAGGUUGGAAGUUAAAGACAAGACAGAUGAAGUACAUUCACUUAAUGACACAUUAGCAAAUGAGCAGAAGAAAUCGAGAGAGCUCCAGUGGGCUUUGGAGAAGGAGAAAGCCAAAGUGGGACGCAGUGAAGAACGAGAUAAAGAAGAACUGGAGGAUCUGAAAUUUUCACUUGAGGAUCAGAAACAAAGGAAUGUUCACCUAAAUCUACUUUUGGAACAACAGAAACAACUACUAAAUGAAUCACAGCAGAAAAUAGAAUCACAAAGAAUGCUGUAUGAUGCCCAGUUGUCAGAAGAACAAGGUCGAAACUUAGAGCUUCAGGUGCUUCUUGAGUCGGAGAAGGUUCGGAUUCGGGAGAUGAGUAGCACCCUGGAUAGGGAACGGGAGCUGCAUGCCCAGCUGCAGAGCAGUGGUGAGAGCGGGCAGCCCCGGCCACCCCUGCCCUCUGAGGACCUGCUGAAGGAGCUGCAGAAACAGCUGGAGGAAAAACACAGUCGCAUAGUAGAGCUGCUAAAUGAAACUGAGAAAUAUAAACUGGAUUCUUUGCAAACGAGACAGCAGAUGGAAAAAGAUAGGCAGGUUCACAGGAAGACAUUGCAGACGGAACAAGAGGCCAACACUGAGGGACAGAAGAAAAUGCGGGAGCUCCAGUCCAAAGUGGAAGAUCUGCAGCGCCAGCUGGAGGAGAAAAGGCAGCAGGUUUAUAAGUUGGACCUGGAAGGCAAGCGACUGCAAGGGAUUAUGCAGGAAUUCCAGAAGCAAGAACUAGAACGAGAAGAGAAACGAGAAAGUAGACGAAUUCUGUAUCAGAAUCUUAAUGAGCCGUCUACUUGGAGUUUAACCAAUGAUCGAACUAGAAAUUGGGUUCUUCAGCAGAAAAUAGAAGGCGAGACAAAGGAAUCAAGCUAUCCUAAACUGAUUGAAAUGAAUGGAGGUGGAACUGACUGUAAUCCCGAAUUAGAAAUGAUCAGACAAAAGCUUCAACAUGUGGCUUCAAAACUACAGCAUCUAUCCCAGAAAGCCUAUAAUAGACUACAGUUUGAAACAGCAGAUGAUGAGGAUUUCAUUUGGGUUCAGGAAAAUAUUGAUGGGAUUAUUUUACAGCUGCAGAGAUUGACUGGCCAGCUGCGUGAAGAGCCUAGCAUAGUGUCCCCAAGUACUCCUUGUGGCUCACUGACGGAAAGACUACUGAGACAAAACGCUGAGCUGACAGGCCACAUCAGCCAACUCACCGAUGAAAAGAAUGACUUGAGGAACAUGGUUAUGAAGCUGGAAGAGCAGACCAGGUGGUAUCGGCAGACAGGAGCCGGCAGAGACUAUUCUUCUAGGUUUGCAUUCAGUGGUGGUGCCAGCAUUGAAGCCAUCAUUGCUUCUGAAAAAGAAGUGUGGAGCAGGGAAAAGGCAGCUCUCCAGAAAUCCCUGAAGAGGGCGGAAGCCGAAGUGUGCAAACUGAAAGCCGAGCUGAGGAAUGAUGCUCUGCUCCAGCACCUGAGCCCCGAUUCUGAAAACGCCGCCCUAAAGAGAAUUUAUGGCAAAUACCUGAGGGCAGAGAGUUUCCGAAAAGCACUCAUUUAUCAGAAGAAAUACCUGUUGCUGUUACUGGGCGGGUUCCAGGAGUGUGAAGACGCCACGCUCGCCCUGCUCGCCCGCAUGGGGGGGCAGCCGGCCUUCACGGACCUGGAGGUGAUCACCAACCGGCCCAGGGGCUUCACCCGCUUCCGCGCGGCCGUGAGAGUAGCCGUUGCGGUUUCAAGAAUGAAAUUUUUGGUUCGACGAUGGCAUCGCGUCACAGGUUCCGGUUCCAUCAAUAUUAACAGGGAUGGCUUUGGACUGAAUCCAGGCGCUGAAAAGACGGACUCACUUUAUCAUUCUUCUGGUGGGCUGGAGCUAUACGGAGAACCAAGACACACAGCCUACCGUUCAAGAUCAGAUCUGGACUAUCCUCGGUCACCUUUGCCGUUUCAAAAUAGGUAUCCAGGCACCCCAGCGGAUUUCAACCCAGGUUCCCUAGCAUGUUCUCAGCUUCAGAACUAUGAUCCCGACAGGGCCCUAACAGAUUACAUCACUCGGCUCGAGGCGCUGCAGAGACGGCUGGGAACCGUGCAGUCAGGUUCAACUCCUCAAUUUCAUGCUGGCAUGAGAAGAUAAUCCUUUGAAACAUCAUUAACUGAAGUGAUUUUAAGCAAACUCCCUUUUGUAAAUCAAUGGUUCUUUUGUGCUUUUGUAUUGUGAAUAUUCACUGGGACCAGUAGGCACACAGCUUAUGAUUGUAUACAAUCCCUUGCCAGCACAUGAAAGCAAACUGGAAUUUGUAUAUAUGCGCAUUGUGUAUGUAUCCAUGCACAAUCAUCAUCAAAUUACCUGUAUAUUUGUGGAAUGCUAAUUUAAAUGAUUAAAUUAUGAACCUUGUGUAUUUCUUGGGUGGGCGAGAUUAAACUUUUGCGCAUUAUGAUGCUGCUGAAUGUGUAGCUUGCAGUGCCCUGCACUUUUCUCCCAAGGCCACUGAAGUUACAUGUUUCUGCCUAAUAUAUUUGCUACUGGUGAUGAAGACAGAUACUGUCACUUGUAGAGCCCUAUUUUUGUAUAAUGGUAGAAGUUUUGAAUUUUAUGGGGUAUUUUGUCAAGUACUGAAAUAAAAAUGACUUCACCAUUUUCACCA